GUUUCGAUACGGUUUGGUUAACUCUUCAACAGUUUAUUGUUCUUUCUAGUUUUAUUUUCUUGUGGACAGACAGAUGUUGUGAUCUGUAACCUAGCAGCCAAAACACCACAACAUGGAAACAUUAGGAUGGCUGUUUACUGUUACUGUAAUUUACCAGUAACCUAUAGUUUGUGUGUAGAUCCUCGUGUCUUAUUAAGUUAAAUGAUAAAAGACUAUUUAGUUUAAACGAUAAGUUUUCAACAUAUAAGUGAAGAUGAGCGUGUUUGCUUUAGUUUUCCUUUGUGCUGCACUCGAACGUCUUCACAAAAUAUCAGGGUUAAUUGGAAAGGCUGAGCUAGAUUUAGCCUAGCAUCUAAGUCUCAGCAAGUUAGCUAGCAAACUGUUAAUUAACACUGCGUCGUCCGCUUUUUCUUGGCUUGCUAAAUCUUUGCUAACACUCUGUGGCCAAGAUGCCAGCUGGUCUUGAGUGGGAUAAAGUGUCAAGAAUUGACCCACACACCCUUCAUGAACGUGAAAAAGACGAAGUGGACCAGGUUGUUGGCAUGUUUGUUUCGGCAGAAGAAUGGGAAGUGAAGGAUAAAGCUCCAGAGAACAUUAUUCAAGUCCUGAGAGUGUGUCAGGCCCUGCUGAAGAUUAAAGAUCGAGAAGUUACUCUUGCUGAAAACUUCAUUGAUAAUAUCGGUAUACAACAUGCCAAAACUGAGAAGGAACUCCUUGCAAAGGUGUCAAAGCUGGAACAAGAAAGCAAGCAGCUAGGCAGUGGGCCAGACACCCGCUUCCUUAGAGAUGAGAUUCGGCAGCUCGAGGCCCAGCUGGAGCAAAGGGAGAAGGAAUUGACCCAGUUAAAGAAAGAAAUGGGCAAGGAAAAGAAAACCAAUGAAGAGUUAAUCGUGCGAUUAGAGGGAGCCGAGGACGAGGUGAAAAAGCUGAAAAGAGAGAAUGAGCAGCUCCAGCAGGAUGUGGACUUCUAUCGUGGAGAGCUGGACCAGAGAGAGCCCCUCUCAUCCAGAGACGAGAGCGCUGAGACUCAGCGGAAGCUCAACCUGGCCAACCGCCAGCUUUACCAGUACUUGGAAGAACUGCAGCGAGCCGAGGAAGAAAGCACACACCUAAAGACUCAGAAUGAGCAGAUGCAGAAAAGCCUGGAGGAGUCUGUGAAGGAGAUGGAGAAGAUGACGGAUGAGUACAACAAGAUGAAGAUUGUUGUGCAGCAGACUGACUCGAUAAUGGACCAGCUCAGGAAAGAGAGGGAUCACGCGAAGCUUCAAGUCAGAGAGUUAACUGACAAGAUUCAUAACAUGACUGAAGAGGAUGACCCAAUUAUGGUAGCAGUCAACACCAAAGUGGAGGAGUGGAAGAGAGUUCUCUCUGGAAAGGAUGAUGAAAUUUUGGUGUACCAGCAGAUGAUCCGUGACCUGAGGGAAAAGCUGCGUUCAGCCCAGCUAGACUUGGACAAGAGCAACAUUAUUGCGUUGCAGCAGGCCGUCCAAGAGCGAGAUAAUCAAAUCAAGAUGCUGAGUGAGCAGGUGGAGCAGUACACGGGAGAGAUGGAGAAGCACGCCCGGCUAAUUGAGGAGCUCAAAACAUCCACAAACAAAGAUAGAGGUCUACCUUUAACAACGCAGAAGAAGAUGGAGGAACUGACAUCCAAGCUGAACGCUGCAGAGACCAGAGCGGUGGAAGCAGAGCGGGCAUUAAAGAUGGCCGAAGCGCAUGCUGAGGAAAAAGACAAAGCACUCAUUGAGACAACAAACCGCUUGAGCCAGUAUGAGUCUGGAACUUAUGGCCUGGAAGAAGCCGUUGCGGAGAUCAAAGAGUGUAACUAUCAAAUUAGAGUGAGAGAUCGUGAGGCGGAGGCCAUGACCAAAGAGAUCAACCAGCUCGAGCUGAGAAUCAAUGACCUCAUGGACGAAAACGAGGAUUUCCGAGAAAAACUGGGUCUGGAACCAAAGCAGGAAGUGGAUCUGACUGAAUUCAGGCGUGCCAAAGAUCUGAGACAACGUCAGUACAAAGCAGAAAACCAAGUUCUUACAAAAGAGAUUGAACGGCUAGAAGAGGAGCGACUGGAGUUAAAGAAACAAAUCAGGCGCAUGGUGAAGGAACGAGGGAUCCCACUAUCAAGCCUGCAGUUGGAGGAAGAAGUCCGGCCAAGCAGACAGGAACCGGUGUCCCUCAAACAGGACAGCAGUUACACCGAUGAAGAGAUCAGACGGAAGAAUGAGUACCUUGAAAAACAGCUGAGCAUUAAGGAGAGAGAGCUGGAGCGUCACAAGACGGAGUUUCAUCUCAGAUUGGAAGAAAUGUCCAAAGUAAAGAACGAUCUGGAGUGUGCGCUAAGAGACGCCCUUCAAGCCCUGAGGAUUAAUCAAGAGGCCGCACAGUGUGGUGAUAACGUCUUCAUUCCCAGUUUGAAAAAUUUGGCGAAUGGUAUAGACAUCAGUAGUCUUGGUGGGCAAUCUGAAGCAGACCUCAAGUCCCAAAUACACCAGCUGGUGGGAAGAAAUGAAGAACUGAGGCGGGAACUGAAAUUGGCUCGCAAGGAGGCAACUAGCAGCUUCAGUCAGUUUGCCACAGCCAAGGAGAAGGUGAGCCAGCUGGAAGGUGAAUUGGAGCUGCUCAGGAAAUCAGGCAGCAGUGGAGUCGCCCCCCGACCCCUGACCCUCCCCGAGGGCCUGGGCCCCAGCAGCACUGAGGUCAUCAGCUCCCUGAAUGAGUAUGCUGUUCGACUGCUUCAGGAGCUCAAAAACAAGGAGGAAAAAGGCAAGAAGCUCGUUGGAUCUUUAGAGGAAUAUAAAGACAAGUUUGCUGUCAUCAGUCACCAACAGGGACUCCUCUAUAAGGAAUAUCUAAGUGAGAAGGCAGCAUGGGAAAAGGAGAAGGAGACAUUCACAGAUAUGAAGAACAGGUUGGAGGAACAAAAGCAAGUGGACGAUAUCAAAAUCCAACAGAUGAAUGACCUGCUGGACACUCUUCAGAAAGAUCCGGAGGAAACCAGGGGGCAGUUGAGCGAAGCGUUUCGCAAGCUAACAAUCCUGAAGGUUAAUGAGAAGAAACUCACGCGACGCUACAUCACCCUGCUGGAGCAAGAACAGCACCUCCGCAAGGAAAACGGCAAGCUGAGGGAUGAAAGCAGCCACAUGCAGACUUGUGUCAUCCAGAGGAUAGGUUACCUGCAGAGAUACAAGGAAAUGGCUGCAUAUAAGAUGGCUGCACUGCAGAAAGCCUUGGAUGACAGCGUGCCCUUAUCAGACCUGGAGAGGGCCAACAAGCAGUACACAGAGCUAACAGUCAGAUACAGAGACAUGCUACAGAGGGACAGCCGCCUCAUUCAGAAGACCACCAACCUUCAACACUUGGAGAACGAAAAUGAGUCUCUUCGAGCACAACUUUCUGCCAUGAACAAAGAGCUGGAAAUCACAAAGGAGAAACUUAAUACCUUAGAACAAGCAUGGGAGAAUGUCAAGUCAGUCGGAGUGGAAACUGGCAUGGAUAAGGCAGACAAGGCUACAGUCAACAUUGACAUGCUAUCUACUGCAAGACGAAUCACUACUUUGGAGAUGAAGGAGUUAAAUGAGAGACAGAAAGCUGAGCAUGCCCACAAAAUGUAUGAACACACGAGGAACUCCCUCAGACAGGUGGAGGAGCGCAAUUUAGAACUGGAGUCCAAGUUUGCAGAGUUGACCAAGAUGAAUGCAGAGGCCCAACGGGUGGAGCGGGAGCUAAGAGACGAGCUGGCGGACAGUGUAAGCAAAGCUGUGAGCGACUCUGACAGAACCAGGAUCGCAGAGCUGGAGAAGGCGGAGGCCGAGCUGCGUGUUGAAGUUUCUAAGCUUCAAGAAGUGUCUGAUGUGGCCAUGACACAAGUUUCAUCUCUACAGGCCAGACAGAAGUUCAAAGAUAAAGAAGUAGAAGCUUUACGGAGGCAAAUACUAGACUAUCAGUCCCAAUCAGAUGAGAAGGCCCUCAUUGCGAAGCUCCACCAGCACAUUGUUGCUCUGCAGCUCAGCGAGUCAGCAUCUCUGGGAAAGCUGGAGGCAGCCACCGCUCAUAUCCAGCAGCUGGAGGCCUACAAGCUGCGUGCCGAACAACGGCUGGACGCCAGUGAGCGCGCUCUGUUUCUCGCCCGCCAGGAGGGCAGAAGCCGCUCCAUGCACCUUCGGCAGACCAUCCAGUCGCUGCGUAGGCAGUUUGCCGGGGCGCUGCCACUUCCCCAGCAGGAGAAGUUCUCUGUGACCAUGGUGAGGCUCCAGGAAGACAGAGAAAAAGCCCAGGAAGAGAGAAGGAAGGCAGAGGAGGAGAGGCGAAGGGCAGAGGGAAGGGCCGAAGAGCUAGAGCUGAGGCUUCGAGGCCUGGAAGAGCUCAUCUCAACUCUGAAGGAUGUGAAAGGGGCUCAGAAGGUAACAGAGUGGCACAAGAGGAUGGAGGAGGCUCGCCUGCAAGAGCUGAGGAAGGGCAGGGAGCUCGCAGUUCAGAAGGAGGAGAUCAAUUACUUGAAGAAGCUUGUGGAGGAGCAGGACCGAACAGUCUGCUCACUGGAGGAGGAUAUUGUGCAGCUAAACACUCUUCAAGAAGAACGACAGCUUGCCUGGGAUCAGCGAGAAGUGGAGUUGGAGCGUCAGCUGGAUCACUAUGAAACGCAUCAGAAUGAGAUUCUUAGUGGUGCUCGAAAGUUUGAGGAAGGUACUGGAUCCCUCCCGGACCCAACGCUACCACUCGCUCAUCAGUUAGAGUUUGCUUUGGGUAAAGUAAGAGAACAAGUCCGCACCAUUUUGGACACUCAGGCCACUUGCAAAAGCUUAGACAAGAAGUUGAAAGAGAAGGAAGAAGCUCUGUGGAAGGCAGAGCAGAACAUCUUGUCCAGAGAUAAAGUGAUCAACGAGCUGCGUCUCCGGCUGCCAGCCACCGCCAACAGAGAGCGUUUGCUAGCAGACCUCACCAAGCACGAAGAAGGACGUUCAGACAAUCAACCUGGCCUCAAGCUGGCCCACCAGACUAUCAAAGACCUCCAGGGUCGGCUCGACAAAAAAGAAGACGUGCUAAAGAAAUACCAGAAACAACUGGCUCAAGUCAGACAGGAUCAGGAGGAAAUGAUAAAAAGGCACCAGGAGGAGCUGAGGAUGUUGCAUCAGAAGCUGGACUUGCACACCGACACCUCCCUGGAUCGCUUCAAACAGACUGCAAUGGAGCUGAUGAAGAAGCCGACACUCACGGUGCCGACCUCUAAGCAUCUGGAGCGUCUGGCUGAGUUGGAGCAGACGGUGGCCGAGCAGGACAUUUCUCUCAGCUCCAUCACAGAGAAGCUGAAGCUGACCAAGGCUGAGUUGGAGCGACAGAGGGCCAACAUGGAGAUGCAGGCUAAGAAACACACUGAUGAGAUGGCAAAGCUGGAGGAAAACUACGUCGCCCAGGUGACAGCUUUUACUGCUGAGGCUGAAGAUCAGAGGAGUCAGAUGGGUCAGAUGGAGAAGGAAAUGAACUACCUCCGUACGGAACUGGAGGCCCAGAAAGAGGCCAAUGUCCGCUCUCCCAGCAACACCAUGAAGAACCUGGUGGAGCGACUGAAAGCACAACUUGCCCAGAGAGACAAACAGCUCAAGGCUCUCAGCAAAGCUCUGCUGGAGCUGCGGGCAGAAAUGACGUCUGCUGCAGAACAGCAGGUCAUAGCUAGCGCUGCACAAAAAGAAGAGAGUCUUAACGUACAGACGCUGGUUGACAGACACACCAAAGACCUGAAGGCUCGGGUGCAAGAACUUAAUCAAGAACUACAAGCUGCCAAGGAGUCUGCCAGAACUGCCAAAAGCCGGGAGAACGUCCUGAAAGAGGAAGUGGACGGACUGAACCAAGAUAUCCAGAAAUCCCAGAAAGUCCAGAGACGUCUGCAGGCUGAAAAAGAGGAGCGAGAACAAGAAAUCCAGGAGCUGAAGGAGCAAAUAAAAAGGCUCACCAGCGCCAUGCAGAAUCCACUUGAACCAGAUGGGAAGAGGCCAAUCAUUGAGAAUCUGCAGAAGAAGAUCAGGAGGCUGGAGUCUGAUUUGCAGAAAAAAGACGAUUUGAAAUGCGUCAGAGAUGAUCAUGGAAAGACUAGAGAAGAGAGAGUUCGUUGGGAGGAGAGUAAGAAAUGGCAGGCCAGGAUGGAGAAGGUGAAGAAUUCACUGAAGGAGAAGGAGCGAGAGAAUGAAUCUUUGUCAAAACACCUCAGCACUCUUAAAGAUCUUUAUAGCAGAUUAGAACAAGAGAAGGGUGCACUGCAGAAAAAACUGAAGGUUCGAAGUGUGACUGCUGAUCAGGUGGUGGGGGUGCGAUCAACUGAGAUGGAGCAGGAGAUAGAGGAGCUCAAGAAGAAGAACUCUGAGCUGGAGAUGCAGAUCAUCACCAUAAAACAACAGCAAGCUUUACCCCGUGAUGAUGCCGUGGAGAAUCUGAUGCUGAGGAACAACUUCCUGGAGGAGAGACUCCACUCCUUAGAGGGCCAGAUAGCCAAAGAGCCCCUGUCAAGACCCUCUACUUCAGGACGAGGCACUGGUACUCCAUCACAGAGAGAUCAGGACCUUUCUAAAGAAAACCUCAGGUUGGCCUCUGAGAACUUGGAGCUGCGCUUUCAGCUGGAGCAGAGCAACAAAGAUUUACCAAGACUCAAGAAUCAGGUUGCUGACCUUAAGGAGAUGUGCAGCGCUCUGAAAAAGGAAAAGACAGAAGUAGAGAAAAAGCUGGUGCAUAUACGUGGAGCAGGUUACAGUGGUAAAACAGUGCCUGAACUUGAGAAGACCAUUGGGUUGAUGAAGAAGGUGGUGGAGCGAGUGCAGAGGGAAAAUGAAACGCUGAAGAAGUCCAGCACAGCUGCAAAUCAAGACAAAGUCUCUGCUUUGGAGAAGGAGAAUGAAAAACUAAAGGCCGACUAUGAGAUACUGAAACAUCAAAGCACAGCUGAGCUGAGUUCAAAACUUGAGUCAAAAACUAAAGGACUGGAAAAGAUAGUGAUUGAAAAUGAACGCCUGCGAAAGGAGAUUAAGAGGGAAAUGGAGGCUUCAGAGAGGAUGAAGAUGGCCAAGAUAAGUUUGGAAGUGACCAUUGAGAAGAUGGAAGCAGAGCUGGAAGAAACCAAGCAGAAACUGCAAGCAGCUCUGUCCAGACCCAUUACAGAGGGCGGAGACAGUAAGGCCUGGAAGGGAACCGUAGUAACCAGAAUGUUCGAGAACAAGAUGAAAGAGUUGGAGAAGGAGCUUUCCCAGAAGACCUCCAGCCUCUCUGAACUCAAACAGCAGCUGAGGGAGGUGAAGGAGCGCGAGGAACGAGCUCAGACUAUCAUCCGACAGCUGGAAGACCAGGUUGACAUGUUAAAAAAGUUUCCCGAAUCUGCAAAGACGAAUGCCGGACGUCCCAAGGAGCUCCAGGCAGUCAGGACGGCGAACACAGAGCUGGAGAAGCAGAACGCUGAACUGACGCAGAAGCUCAACGAGUACGCCGAGCGAUACGGCGAAGCAUCCUCGAAACUGGAUCACGGGAAACUUGCAAACCUCCUGCAGGCUGCAGAAAGGGAGAAAAGCAAACUUCAGGUGGAGGUCAGAAAGCUGAAGAAGGAGCUGGAGAACUUUGACCCGACAUUUUUUGAAGAACUUGAGGACUUGAAGUACAACUACGAUUUAGAGGUGAAGAAGAACAUCCUGCUGGAGGAGCAGCUGAAGAAGGUGUGUGAUCGCUUUGGUGUAAAGGCUGAAAUGCCCAGCGUGUCCGUCAGUUAA